UGCCAUGUUGAAUUGACAGCUUUAGUAUAUUUUAUAUAUUAAAGAAGAUUAUUUCACUUUCAUAUUUAAAACUUUUGAAGAAAAUUUAAAACAUUAGUUGUGGAUUACAUUUUCAAAGAUUUCGGAAAUACACAAUAAACUAUACCUAAAUAAUAUGUCUGCUCCAUUGUAGAAAUACGUCGUUUUAAAGAAGUGGAAAAGUAAAUUCUAACAAAUAUUCCGAAAUUUUUAAAAGCUGUUUUGCAGUAAGAAUUUGAUAUGGAUGCAAACAUCAGUCGCGGAUAUGUACAAUUAGAUAGACCCGGUGAUGUGGAGAGACUCGUUGAAAAAAAUAUUGACCCUAUUAACCGACCGCCAAAUGACAGAUGUCAUUGUAUUUAUAUUGCCCUAUUGUUAGCAGGUGUUGGUUUUCUUCUUCCCUACAACAGUUUUAUCAUAGCUGUGGAUUAUUUCCAAUCACGAUAUCCAGCAACAACUAUAGUAUUUGACAUGAGCUUAAUUUACAUUUUAGUUGCUCUUGUUGCUGUCAUCAUCAACAAUCUUCUUGUUGAGACACUGUCUCUGAAAACGAGGAUUACAUUCGGCUAUGUUGUGGCAUUUUUUACUUUGCUCUUUGUUGCGUUCUUUGAAAUUUGGUUUGAAUUAUUCGAUUUGCGAAUAGGUUAUUAUGUCAAUUUGCUUGCUGUUGCUGUUGUUUCUUUUGGAUGCACAGUUCAACAAUCCAGUUUCUAUGGAUAUACCAGUAUGUUGCCUGCUCGUUAUACACAAGCAGUUAUGACUGGGGAAAGUGCUGCUGGAUUAUUAGUAUCAACAAACAGGAUUUUAACAAAAGCUCUUUUGGAAAAUGAAAAAUUCAAUACAAUUAUUUUCUUCUGCAUUUCUAUUGCAUUUAUUGUUCUUUGCUUUGUUAUUUUUGUCUUACUGCGACGUUCUGAGUUCAUUUACUAUUAUGUCAACCGCUGCCGGGAUUACUCAGAUUCUGAUGAUCUCCAGAAGCACAUAGUUUUAGAACCUACUGAAGAUGUUGGAUUGGUGGAUAUGUUAGAUCCAUCUGAAGCAAAAUGUGGCAAAUAUGGAGUUCUGUCUCUCCGGUCUCCUCCUUCCUCACCAGUUGUCCAAUCAGAAGCAGAGGUGGAUCCUUCCAUGCAGGAUGGCAGUGAGGAUAAUUGGAUUGGUUCCACUGAAUCAGUGCAUGCAUCUAUUGUUUUUGGAGGUGGAACUAGGUAUAGAGUACAGGAUGUUGUUGUAUGUAUGAGAGGCACAACUUAUUCCAAACAUAUCCAGUGGUGGCGAGGAAUAAAAAGAGGCAUUAAAAAUCGGUGGGAAGUAUCGCAACUCAUCUGGCCAUAUAUGCUAAGUAUUGGGUUGGCAUAUUUUGUGACAUUGUGUCUUUUUCCUGGUAUUGAAAGUGAAAUUGUAAGCUGUUGUCUUGGAUCUUGGAUGCCUGUUAUUCUGAUGGCAAUAUUCAAUUUUUUUGAUUUCAUUGGCAAAAUUUUGGCAUCAGUAUCCCAUGAUUGGACUCGGAAACAACUGCUACUUCUCUCAGCCUCUCGGAUUUUUCUAGUUCCACUUCUUGCCCUUUGUGCUGCCCCUAGGGGCGCUCCUUAUUUGUCAGGAGAAGGCUGGUCCAUGAUCUUUUCGUUGUUAUUAGGGUUAUCUAAUGGAAUUGCUGGUUCUGUUCCAAUGAUUGUUGCACCAUCUGUAGUUCCAGAUGAACGAAAAGAAUUAACUGGUAACAUAAUGACCCUGUCCUAUAUGUUGGGAUUGACAACUGGAUCUGGAGUUGCAUAUCUAAUAGAUUAUUUCCUUGGACCACCUCUUUUACAUCCUUGUCCUGAAAUAAUGUCUAUUAUUCCAUCGACAUUACUUGAAAAUGUUACUUCUCCGUACGACAAUUCUACUUUUCUCAACUAUGAUGUGUGGAAUAUUACAAUUGCACUGAAUGAUACAAUUGGAAAUAGUAGUUCUUUUCUGUGAUCUGAAUUCAUGAAGUAUUAAUUUCAUGAUAAAAAUCAUGACAGUAUUUAUCAUGUAUAAUAUUAAGUCAUAUUCUAUUUCCUGUAUAUUAAACCAGAAAGCAUGUUUUAAAAUUGAUUUUAUAUAAAAUUAUUAAUUAGUUUUUUAUUUUAAUUAAAAAUACAAGGUGAUUGCUGCAGUAUACUCCAACUUUGUAUUGUUAAAGGAAAAUAUUCUGAAGUUUCAUUAUCUUUUUGAGAGAUAUCUCUAAGUACUUGUUUGUUUGCGAUUAUUUGAACAAAAAAUUAUUACUAUUAUGAUUGGUCUCUCAGAACAGAUGAUACCAAGCUGCUCAUCAUUUGUUCUCACGAUGCCUGGUCUGAUUUCUUCUGAUAUUUUUUUUUUCAGUGGAAUUCCACACUUUCAUUAGAAACAAUAAUAAAUAGCCAUUCAUUCUGUUACAAAAAACAUACUGCAAACCACUGUAAAUUUGAAUACUGAGUAGAAUUCUUUUGGUGUCGAAUGGUAGUCAUAUUAUAUAUAUAUGAAUUUAUCAUAUUUAUCUCUUUAUAGUGUCAUUUUUGAUGUGGGUUAACCAAAAUUAUAUAUUCUUCCCCCAUUUUAUAAAAAUAGGCUUUCAAAGUUGGAGUAUAUCUUUUGUAUUACCCUGUGCAUGACAAUUGAAUUCUUACUGAUUUUCAUUUUAAGUUUCAUUAGGGAUGUGUUGGAAACAAUAGUGCAAUUCAAAGGCUCUGCAACACAUACAUCUCUUAAAUCCUUAGGAAUUAUUGAUAAAUUUUACAUAGUUUGUAUUCACUUGAAAUUUUUAAUUACUAUCUUCUUUUCUCUAAAAAAUGCAGCAGGAAAAAUGGCAAAUUAAGGCAUAUUUUUAAAAUCAAUUGUGUAUUGUUCACUGAACCUUUUUUUUGGGGGGAGGGGAGGUGAAACUUUUAAAAUGUAAUACUACUGUUUAACAUAAGUUUAAUAAUGAUUGCAUUUUUAGUUAAUUAAAUUAAUAAUA